AAAAAAUGGCCCUCCUAAUGGAUAACCUUCUUCUGCCCAUGAACACCACCACACCCAGCCCUCCACCUCCUCCUCGUCCCUCGCUCUGACCCUCAUCGAGAGCUGCAAGGGCCUGCGCGGCACCACGAGACCAGCUCGCUCUGUCCACGCCGCCGGCCGCCAUGCUUCCGCUCGCCACAAUGUCCGCGCCGAGCUCGCUUCUCCUGCGCCCCGCCGCGCGCCACAGGACGGGGAGAGAACCAGGACGAAGCUGGGGAGAACCAUCUAUCUCGGGUUUGCAAUCUCGGAGUAAUAAACUCGGCAACGCCAUCUGUGUGAAAGCAAACAUAACGUGCUGCGCCAACCAGACGCAAACCGCGAAGCGCAAAUCGUUCUCGGGACCCACCUCUCCACCGUCAGGCUCAGUUAAAGAGAAGGUGAAGCCGAGGCUCGACGACGGGGGCGUCGGGUUCCCGCCGUUUCGGUUCGGCGGAGGAGGCGGGGGCGGCGGCGGUGGCGGCAGCAGCUCCUCCGGUGGGUUCAUCCUCUUCGUGAUCGUUUUGCUCCUGGACUACCUGAGGGAGUUCGAGAGGAACCUGCAGAACGGGCCGCGGAGGGGCAGCGACUACGACAGCGGGCUGGCACCACAGUAGUAGCUUCAUUUUAGUACGUAGCUUGUUUCGCAGACAGUCGGGUGAUGGUCGGUGGUUGAUGUAAGCGGUGUUAUCAGAUUAGAAUUGCUCGUGAGAAAUGAAAUGAGGAGUAGCAAUUUUGGUCGUUGGAUUGGA